CAAGUAAAAUUGCAUCAGGGGAACUAGCGUCGUUAAUGCUGUUUUAAUCUAGAAUUGUAAGGUUUUUAAAGGUCCGUUUGAAAGUCAACUGCAUAAACACCUAACUGGAAAUCAUGAAACGUCUACUGUUGAAAGUUAUACCGUUAGAGAUACUGUUACUUUUUAUCUUGUGUGAGAUUCGAUCUAGUACAGAUGGUGCGAAUGUAUGCGGGAACAGCCCUGGAUUUGAAUGCCAUGAUGCGAGUAAAUGCAUCCCGUUGUAUCAGUAUUGUAAUGGUUCAAGUCAAUGCAGUGAUGGAAGCGACGAAAUUCUGUACAACAAGGCUAUACACGAUACGACAGGCAUAUCAUGUGGUCAUAGGAUCAAUGGCAACUCGACAUAUUGCUACCUUCCAAACCAAUACUUGUGUGACCAUGAGAUCAACUGCUUUUGGGGUGAGGAUGAAAAAAACUGUUCGCACACCUUCGAAUGCGGAUAUGUGCCCUUCGCAAAUAAAACUCAAUACAAGAUUAAAAUAGUGUUUUGUGACAAUGUAGUAAACUGUAUCAACGGAGCUGACGAAAGAAAAUACAGUCCUGGAGCACCGGGCUACCAGUGUUCCGUCACCAAAACCCAUCUCACCAACUACUGCAUGCUGCCCGAUCAAUAUGUUUGCGACGGAACGAACGAUUGCGAUUACGGGACAGAUGAGUGUUUCUGCGGGGAAGGGGAUAGCAGCAAUAGUAAAUAAACCUUUGUAAUACGUUUCUCGAGGAAUUCGCGAUUAUUUACCAACUUUUGUAGUUUACACGGGUGAUAACUGCUUUCGGUGUUUGAAUCGUGAACUAGUCGUCCCGAACAAACAGAGAUGUGACGGUGCGUUUCAUUGUAAUGAUCUUUCUGAUGAAUGUCUCUGCACUAAACGUCCACCCAUCUGUGAACAAAUAUGCAAAGGUUUGUUCCUAAUACAGUAAAUAGUUCGGGUAAGUGAAGGUUAACACAUGAUGUCCAUCAUCAUUUUAAAACAUGAUGUCUAUCAUGAUAAAGUUAAUACAUGAUGAUGUCUAUCAUAAAAGUUUCAAAGUUCAAACAUAUUUUAUGGUUACUUAUUAAUACAUGUUAAAAUCUUUAGUUGGUGAAAAUUGUGGCUCCUGUAAAGUAGGUGAAAUAAAAUGCAAAACAAGCAGCAAUGGUUUUGAAAAAUGCAUCAACCGAACAAACGUGUGCGACCGGAUCGUUGACUGUGCUAUGGGAGAGGACGAAAAGAAUUGCAGUGUACAUGAGUCGCAGCUAUUUCAAUGUAGCGACAAAAAGCAGUUUGUCCAAAAAUACCAACGCUGCGACAAUGAUGAGAAUUGUAAAGAUGGUUCCGAUGAACUUGGCUGUCAAAAUUUAUACAAGUGUUCGGAGGCUAGAUAUGAUAAUAAUGGAGUUGUUGUGUUUGACCGAGCUGCCUACACCGAAGCUUGCGACAAGAUUGCACUUUGUGAAGAUCUGGACGAUGAAUGUAAUUCUACUUUAUGUGGACAUGACGUACCAGCAUACUGUGAUCACGUAAAUGGAGCUCUGGGAUUCAUAUGCCCCAAUUCGAAAUCAGCAAUCAUCGGUACGGAGGUAUGUGACGGGUACCCAACGUGCAAUGAGUCAGCCCGAACCACGUCUGCUGACGAGCUUAACUGUCCAAACAGGUUCUACUGCGCCGAUCAUGGAGCAACGCGUCUUCCGAUACACAUAGCACCCGAAGCUCGUUGUAACGCAAUAACCGACUGUUUUGACGGAAGCGAUGAGGUUAACUGCAGUACAGCAACACACUUUUACUGUGUUCCUGGAACCGCUGACUAUAUACCGAGAUCAAAGGUAUGUAAUGGAGUCUUCGACUGCAAAAAUGGGCAGAACGACGAAUGUCAGAAUUGCGCAGUCAGUCCUUUCUCAACCGAUCAGUUUCUUAUAAGCAAUUAUUUCCUACAGGCAUUUAUAUGGAUAGUUGGUUUCCUGGCGAUUUUUGGGAACAUUGCGGUUUUGGUUCAUAACGGGCUUCAGAUGUACGAGAAUAAGAACACGAGUGCCAUCGCUUACUGCAACAGAAUUCUUGUGCUGAAUUUAGCCAUGUCUGAUUUUCUGCUUGGGGUAUAUCUCCUUUCCAUCGGCAUUGUAAACAGCGUUUACGCCAACACAUAUUGCGUUACUGACAUCGAAUGGCGGACCAGCGUUAGCUGUGCAGGUCUUGGCAGCAUCGCUUUAAUCAGCGUCCAAACUUCUGUGUUUAUUUUAACCAUCAUGACAACAUUUCGACUCGUCCUGGUUACACAACCAUUUAAUAGCACUGUGAGAGUAGAGGUGAUUGGUGGAGUUUUAGCACUAGCUUGGGUUGUUUCCUUCGUCAUUGCGCUUGUUCCACACUCAUGGGCUCUGCACGACUAUUUCUCAAGUAAAGCUUGGUUGACGGACAAUCCAUAUCUUUUCGUAACUAAUAGAAGCGACGUCGAAAGCUUUGUGCAACGGUUGUGGAGUUUGGAAGAUCAAAACUCAAUGUAUUUCUCUAAUGGGUCCACGUAAGCCAAAUUUCAAAUUAGAUUUUCUUUCUAUUUUUUUUCGUAUUAUAUUUUCUUUCGAAUUUCAUUACACCAUUUCGUACUGUGGGGUAAGAUAGAUACCGUUUGCAUCCGAAUCCUAUAAUACCUGGUCAUGUUUUGAGCAAUUAUCAACGAUUUUAAGGGUAGCAUGGCUACAGUUAUACAAGUGUUUAAAUAUUCUUUGUUUACUACCAGCAAAUGGGACGAAAAAAGAGAAUAAUGUUACCUAACCCUACCUAAUCAAUUGCUGCGGGACAAAUCGGUACUUGGAGAUGUUUUAUUUAAUAUACUGUUUUGUAUAAAUACAGAGAAAUGACAUGGACCAAUAUGGUCCAAACAAUCGCUCUUCUCAACCCGAAAAUUGGAGUGAAAAAAUACUUCGGAUAUUACUCCGCACACGGAGUAUGUCUUCCUCUACUUUUCCCGGAUCCGAGUCAAGACACUGCCUGGGGUCUUUCGCUUUUCAUCAUCAUACUUAACUUCCUCGCCUUUGUAUACAUGGUGACGGCAUACGUGUUGGUCUACAGGAUCACAAGACAGCGUGCCAAAAAAGCUGGUAGUUCCGAAAAGGCCGCCAACAAGCUACAGAAAAAAGUGACACGCAUCGUCAUUUCGAACUUUUGUUGUUGGAUUCCAAUCUGCAUCAUGGCGUUUAUCAGCGUCGGAGGUGUGAAACUCUCGUCGGAAGCUUACGCAGCAUCUGCCAUUGUUUUACUUCCAAUUAACAGCGCUGCAAACCCAUUUCUCUAUUCCAACCUACCCGACCUUAUAUGGGAAAAACUUAAACCGAUCAAAGACAAAGUUGGUAGAACUGAAAGUCGCAGCUCUUCUUCAGCAUUAGGCCAAAUGACGAAACAAACUGAUACCGGUAUUCCAAAUGAUGAAACAAAAAUGUGAAAUGUGAUUUUUGGAAACAUAACGUCCAUAAGGGGUUAUACGCCGCCUCGGUGGCAGGGUGGUAAUAGUCGUGCUGUUAAUUAUUUCCCUUCGUGUAGCUUUACAAACGUUUCUGUGACUCAUUUGACUCUCUGCCGAAUUGGCACAAGUAUAGGCCCCUCUUCACCAGACAAAUUACUUUUGAGCACGAACUGCCGACGAUUUACAAGAAUCUUUGAAAAUAUUUUGUUUUACAUACAGUUUAAUUAACCUAAUUAAGUAUACACGUCUUAGCGGAAUUAAUACGUGAUUGUAAUAAUGUGUGUAGAAACUAUGUAACUGUUAUGCAAACGGGCUUUGAUCCAACCCCGUGGUCACUAAUGAGUGUCAAACUAAAAAAAAAAACAAUUCUUCAAGGCACAUGACACACGAUUAUACAGACAUGACACACGUGUUAUCACCACUACUGUUGGGCCGUCAUGCUGGAAGGACAAAAAAGGGACAUUCAUCCAUUUAUUUAUUUAUUUGAAAAGAUUUAAUAUAGUGGGGUGGGGUAGGAUGGAACACAUUUUCGUUCUAUUUUCUCGUCCCAUUUGGCAAUGAGCUCGCACAUACCGUUGUUAAUUGUUUAAAAAACUAUCAGAAUAUUUGGAUAUUUAUAUUUUCUAAAGUAUAGUCCCACCUGUGUCCCAUCUACCCCCACUUUACUAUAUGUUAAUAUGUAAAUACAUUCUGUGUUAGAAGAUACAAAGAUAUGAUUUUGAAUAAAAGUAAAUACUAACCAAGAAAAUAAACAAGCACCCCAUGC